CGUGAAGGCAUGCCGCGCGUGCUGGUCCCGAUCGCCGACGCUUCGGAGGAAAUCGAGCUCUCGUGCACCACCGACACGCUCGUACGCGGCGGCGUCGAGGUGGUGACAGCCUCCGUCAUGCCCGAGGGCCGCCUGCAGGUCAAGUGCGCUAGAGGCCUCACCGUGGUCGCAGACAAGCACAUCGACGAGUGCUGCAAGGAUGAGUGGGACGCGAUCGCGCUGCCGGGCGGCAUGCCCGGCGCGAAGCACCUGAGCGAGAACGCGAAGCUCACCGAGCUGCUCAAGGCGCAGGUCGCCGCCGGCAAGUGCACCGCAGCGAUCUGCGCGGCGCCCGCCAUCGUUCUGAAGGCGCAUGGCCUGCUGCCGGCGAGCUUCACCCACUUCCCGGCGCCGCCGCUCAAGGAGAAGACCGGCGCGGGCUACUCCGAGUCGCUCGUCGUCGUCGACGGCUGCGUCGUGACGAGCCAGGGGCCAGGCACUGCGCUGCCCUUCGGCCUCAAGCUGGUGGAGCUGCUCGUGAGCCGGGAGAAGGCGGAGGAGGUGGCCAAGGGGUUGCUCAACACGGAGGUACCGUAAAUUUAGUGAUCAGUUUCGCCGAACGUGCUCUGCGGUCCGCGAGGCCCAGGGGUCGCCCAGGUGCAUGCAUGCAGGGUGUCGUGCAGUCUGUGCAGACUCAAGUAAAUAGCCGUACUGUGAGUGUGUAAAGAUGUGGACCGUGAGUUGAGG